AGCACACUGCUAUUGAUAAAAAAUAAUACACACAUGACAAUGAAUCGAUCGUUCCUUGCAUAAACCAGACAAAAACAUAGAUAAUGAGAUCUUUUACUGUAUGUCUGCAUCCAGUUCCCUAACCUUAUUCUAUUGGCUAUGAUGUAAUACUACAUUUGUAGGUCUUAUUUUUACGUAUAGUCAUGAAAAAAAUCGUGUGUUUUGUUUACUUUAUAAUCUUCGGAAUUCUGAAUAAUCUUACCCUGAAAAUGCAGGAAAUCGUAUUUCAGGGACUCUAGAUUUCAAAAAUUUUCCGGGGGGGCAUGCCCCCGGACCCCCCUAGAAGUGUCUCGCGCCUUCAACGCUCGAAAAUCCCCCCCACUUUUAAAAGGCUGGCGCCGCCACUGCUUGUAACGAUUCUCUUCGAACGCUUUAUGAACUGUAAAACGAUAGCGAAUGACACGGCUAGAUGUUUUAAGACACGGUAGGGUUGUAUUCGAAUGAUGGCCACUUCCAAACAGGGCUCGCGUUCUUUAUAUGCUUGUCGUGUACGGCAACUUUAUCCGGCAAUAAUCGGGAUCAGCUUGGGUUUCGCAUUCUCAAUGUUUUAUAUUCCUGUGACGGUAGUCGAAGAACAAUGUGUUUUGGAUAUGCAAGUCACCGAAAUACAGAACACGAAAAGCCGCACAACGAACAAAAUUAAAGGAGACGAAAAGGUUGUCAUCGGUGCGACUGUGAAGCCGAAACUUUCAAAAUACGGCCCGGCUUUUCGACCUUAUUACGUGGCAAGCGAGAUCACGCAAAGGGACCGAAUUCUAGUGGGUGUUUUGGCGUCUGAAUUUAACCUUGAAUCCUUGGGUACAGCUAUUAAUAACACAUGGUUACCAGACCUACCAAGGGUCAUACUGUAUGUACCAUAUUCCAAGGAUCCAGAUUUUCAUGAGAAAUAUAACAAAGUGCUUGGCCUUCCCAUAGUACAGUUAGCUAGUGCAGAGGAAGAUCGUUCAUCAAAGACUCAAAUAUCGUUCAAAAUGUUGGAACAUAUGCAUAAGAAUUAUGAGGAUAAGUACGAUUGGUUUAUGAGGAUUGAGGAAGCGACUUAUCUUGAACCAGGUCGAUUGAUGAGGUUGGUUAAUAUGAUUAAUAGCUCAAUGAAUGUUUACAUUGGUCUUCCUGCGCCAUUCAGUUCUCGAGGUGAUUCACAGCCAACUGAUCUUUAUAAUGCGGAUCGAUACUGCCAGGGACGGGCUGGGGUUAUAAUAUCAAGGGUGACGUUGAAUGCAAUUGUACCGCACCUCGACAACUGCCUCGAACAGGCAAUGACUAAAGAAGAGGAUAUUGAACUUGGCCGAUGUCUUAAUAAACACUUGCAUCUUCAAUGUACAUGGAAUUAUGAGGUAAGUUAUAUUGUACCGGCCUCUUUGGCUAAAAUGUGAGAUAUAUUUUUAUCAGAAGAUAAAAAUAUGUCAAUGAUAAUAACUUCUUAAGGCCGGUCACACUACACAACGAUAACUUGUAUAUGCGCGCUGAUUGGUCAAAAAUUUAUUGUUGUUGUCCGACUAUGAACGAUAUUGUCAACAGAUAAUUUUAUCAUUUGUUUUUUCACCAAUUAUCACGUGUUUACAAGUUAUCGUAUCAUAAUCAUUCAUAGUGUGACCAGGCCUUUAGUAGACAAGUGCCAUUCAACAGGUCUACAGUACCAUUACAUUUUUGUGGAACUUUAAUUUAGUUGCAUUGUACACUAAUCCACCCUACUUUAUUAUUUUAUUCUGUAUAACACCAGAUGAUUUUACUCGUCACAGGUCUGAGAGCACUGGUGAUCAAUGCAUUUUAAAAUCAGACUAUCUUCCCAUGUGUGUAGUUGACUCACUAAGUUUCAUUGUGCCCUAAUGCAGUUUAUUAUUUUACUCUGUCUAACAAAAGACAAUUUUGCUCAUCGAAGAGAAAGCGCUCUGGUGCUGAAUGGGUUAACAAAUAUAAUCUGUCAAAUUGGGCUAGCAAUUAGACCGUCAGUAAAAUAAUAAAGCAUUUAGCACAUUUGGGCACAUUGCAUCUUAACCCAUUGAGUGGCUACACUCUUGACAAGUAAAAUUGUCUGGCGUUAGACAGAAUAAAAUACUAAUAAAUGUAGGGUGUAUUAGGGUGCAUUGCCACUUAAAGCAUAGGAUGCAAUUGGUUAACCCAUUGAGUGGAAGCACUCUCCACUUGACAAGUAAAAUUGCCUGGUGUUAGACAGAGUAAUUAAUACUAAAGAAUGACACAUCAUGACCCAGUGCAUUGCCACUUAAAUGGUUAAUGGGUUAACCAGAUAUGUUGAGUAAAAUGCAUCUGCCAGCGUUAGACGGAGUGACAUAAUAAAGUAGGCCGAAUUUGGGUGCAUUACAGCUUGGUAGGUAAUUAAAUACUGUAUAUUUGAAACAUAGCAUUAACCCUGACGGUACCGUAUUAACACAUAGUACAGCUCUGCUGUAAUACUUCUCCCCUAAUGGAUAAAAUCAGAUUGUGAUUAGAAAGAAGUUGGCUGAUGUUCUGUAAACCCGCGGGCCGGCCCGUACAUGAAAAGCCAUCAGUGAUGUUUUUAACAAGCAUGUAUUGUACUAUAUAAUAGCACCAUUGAAAGCACUAUUCUUACAACUACAAAGUACCCUCAAAAUGCAAGAAAUACCAUCAAUUUCAGAGACUCUAAAAUCAGCGUGCACCCUGAAACCCCAGGUUAAAUUAACAGACAGAACAAACAUUUUAGUCUGGGAUGCCGGAACCACUGGUGCAGUGGAUGCCAGUGUACUCUUCGCCUUUUGUAUUCACAACUCUAUGAGUGUGGUGCAGACUAUGGGUGCAAGGGAUGCACAGAAGAUUUAACACAAAAAGAUUAAAUUAUGUACAGUAAAUUCCUACAUGAUUUAAAUUACGUUAAUCAUUAAAUUACGUUAUAAACUGUCUUUUAGCAAAACAACGCAAACGUCGGACAUUUUCAACCCACAAGUUUUACCCAUGACGCCACAACCAUUUACUGUGCCCCCAACACAUAACCAAAACUCAAACUUGUGCCCAGCUUUUGAUAACAAAUUGCACAGUUUGCCCUCAGCAGCUUCCAGAAUCCCUUGUUUUACAGCCUUACAUGUAGUGUACAAACUUAGCACACACACACACACACCCUGCAUUGGGGACCUUCACCCACCUGUCUGAGAAUUUCUAAAUCCACUCCUCGCGCUGGACUUACAUUAAUAGCCUUAUACACUAGACUUAAUUGUAGCAUCCUAUACAAUAACACACAAAAUAACCUUUCUGUUAUAAUGCUGCCGCAAAUAUAUUUUACCAUGUUGCAAAGGCCUUAGUGUUGUUGUGGAAACCUUGCAAAUGGUAUUCCUGCAACCUCACUAACUUGGGACUGUAUGGACUGCAUUGAAUUACAGUAACCCAUCAGGUGACAGCCACUUGAAUAGUAAAAUUGUCUGGUCUUAGGGUGCAUUAGAGCAGAAUGUGUCCUAAUGGGUUAACUGUGACAACCAGUACCAACAAGGCAACAACUAAAGUAGUGACAACAUUAUCUCUGCAUGGAGAUUGAUAGUGAUUCAACUACUGUACACCUGAAAAAUACAAGUGUAAAACUUCAACAUCUUUUCAUCGGGAGUUAGUAGUUAGUAAGUUAACCUAGUGUCUAACUUGGGAAAUGAAUUUGCAUAUUUUAUAACGUUCAAACUUUAAGGAAGAACACGUCAAAAUAAACGCACGGGCAUUUUUACAAAUUUUCUCUGAUAAUAAUAUGUUAUUAUUAUUCUUUAUAUGUACCGUAUUUACAUCUGUGGAAGGAUUUAAAUAGUAUAUGGAGAUUUUAAGUGUGAAUCUUUUACAUUUAUUGCAUUUACACCUUGCGGUCUUGCGUACACAGGGGUGUACACCCCUGUUGGCCUUGUGCCCCCUAUACAUAGUGUACAUGAAUAGUUACCCACUCCAUAGAAAUAUUUUUAUUUAAAAUCACAUAGAUGGAACAAUUAUUUGUUGAAGUUCCAAAGUCUCUGGUCAACCCAACGUCAACUGAUGUAAAAAGCUGGUUGGAAAAACCACCAAUGGGCAAAGAAGUGGCCGUAUUUCCUAUGUCGUCUGCAAAACUUGUGUACUACAUUCAUCAGUAUUACACUGAAGUGGAACUCCACAAGACCUUCCAGGAGACGAAAGAAAUACAAGAGAAAGUCAAAAGUUUACUGCCUUUUCUUCCUGAUGGUACGUUCCUCGUUCAUUAUUUUUUUACGGUUUGUGAAGUAUAUAAAAUUGCACCAAGGUGAAAUACUCUAACGCCCGUAUUCUAAAAGCUCACUCACACUCACACUCACACUCAAUGAGUGGAGAUUCAAUCUGAGCUUCCCUUGAGUGUCAAUGCUGUUUUUGAAUAGCUGGAGGAUGAGUAGUGACAUAGUAAGGUAUGACACUAGCCCUCCUGCUAUUCAAAAACAGCAAUUACACUCGAGAGAAGCUCAGAUUGAACUUCCACUCAUUGAGUGUGAGUGUGAGUGAGCUUUUAGAAUAUGGGCGUAUAUUUACGAAACGUUUUAUAGUCCAUGAGGCUAUAGACAGUGUAAAAAUUAUGCAUGCAUUAUUAAAAGUUAAAAGGUUAGCAGCUGACCAUGCAUACUGAGCCUUGUUUGAGGAAUAUUAAGUGAGUUAAGUUUAUUGUCACUUUGUAUUUCGAUCUUUUGGAGAGGUUUAAGACAUAAGCGUUGUCUGUUAUCGUCCAGCCGUGGACAGUUAGCAGUAGACAAUGCCUCUCUCUAUGAUAGAUGUGGAAAGAUUAUCCUUAACACCCUCUUCUGAAGUCGUUCGAUUUAUUACUGUACUGUAUGUUUGGGUAAGGAAUGAUAUCUCCAGACAUGAAUUAACCCAUUGAGCGCCAGUGUUCUCAUCUUGAUGAACAAACUCGUCUGGCAUUAGACGGAGUAAAAUAUUAAAGUAGGGCGCAGGGUCUUAGCUAGGAUUUUAGAUUUUGGGAGUGUUUCUAAAUUUCCAUCGUGUGUACUACGUGCCAAUUACCAAGAAUAACUAAAUGACGGUUCUAGUUAUGCUCACCACCAAUAUAUAGACUAUGCCUGUUCAUGUUUGGUGUAUGCUUUGCAUGCAGAGUUUGCAAUAAAGCUGCGGGUCUGUGGGUACCACCCGCGAGGAAGGUUCAUACCAUAUGUGAGGUCAGUGAGGAAGGAUUAUCUUGGAACAUUGCAUUGUACUCAACACUAACACCAUAAAACAAAUAAAUGAUAUGAUACUUGUGAUGUUACUCUGAGUGUAUUAUCCACACCGGGCAAGCUUGAAAAUGUGCCUGGCCACGGUGGGAAUCAGACCUACGCCUUUGGAAUAGCAGCCCGAUACUCUGCCAACUGAGCUACGCGGUCAGGUUGGUUCGAGUAUGUGAUAUUUCGGAAUAGAAUCUAGUUCCUUCGAUAACAAUGUAAUCUAGUAAUCAUGACUUUUUCUGUGUUGAUGUAAUGUACUCAGGUGAAUAUGAUGCGUGUGAUGUUACUCUGAGUGUAUAUCGACACCGGGCAAGCUUGAAAAAUAUGCCUGGCCACGAUGGGAAUCGAACCUACGACCUUUGGAAUACCAACCCAAUGCUUUGCAAACUGAGCUACGCGAUCAGGUCGUUUCGAGUAUGUGAUAUUUCGGAACAGAAUCUGAGUACAUUACAUCAACACAGAAAAAAUCAAAUAAAUGAUACUUGACUAGUCAGGUCGAGGUUGGCAGAAUGCUGGUAGUUAUGUAAUGCAGUAGUACAACAUUUCCUAACGCUGUCGGCUGGCAACAGCAGCUUUCUGAGGAUCGGCGAUUCUGUAGCAGUCGCAUGACAUAUACAUUUAUUUAUUUAUUACAUUUGCCAGCAGUCUGUACUAUUUGCCUGCACAUGUACAAUGCAAUUACCAGCUAGCUGCUCGAUGCUAGAUACUUGUCAACAAGGGCUGAUAGAUAUUUUACUUUCUGGGACCUGAAGAGAACAUUGAAAAUUGUCUGCAAAUAAUCAAGUAAAUUGACACUCGGACACUGUAACUGUGUGAUGUUGUCACACUGAAUGUCAUGCUAUAUAUUUUAACAGAAAAUAACAGUGCAAUUUCAUUGCACUGAGAAUCUUAAUAAAUAUGGAAUAUAGGGUCUAAUCCUAAGGUAAAUAGAGAUGCUAAAAAAGGCACUACUAUUGGAUCCAUGCUCUCCCAGAAAAUUUUGAAGCUGACGUUGCGUCAUUUGAUCAAUUUCUAAAGUUGUUUCUUUUUGGAUUUACUGUAUUUAGUUGGUUAGGGUUAGAGUUGCGGUUAGGGUUAGGGGUUAGAGUAGGGGGUAGGGUUUGGGUUAGUUACAUAGUCAUUUAACACCUCUUCCAUCUUCCGAAAAUGACGUCACGUCAGUUUGGUAGAUGGAAACAAGUGCUGACUGUGCGGGCUAAAAAUGCAUUUGCCAUACAACAUUUGUUACAGUAUUUUAGCAUUAUACUCAAGGUUUUCAGUCAAAAUGUUUUGCAGUGUAAAUAAUCUUACUGUAUUAUAUCUACAGGUGUAAUAGAAAAACGACCAACGUGGCCUAUCGCAUUCCCUCAUCCUUACGUUCCGAAGACAAGGUUUGGUGUGAUAGGAUGGCAAUACUUUACCCGGACUCAUAUCUAUGGCUUUAGUGAUGACAAUCCUGAAAUAAGACUGGAAGAUGAAUAUAAGGAGGAUAUCGACGAGGUCUUCGAGACCUCCGUGAAAAUGCUUCAGGAGGAAAUGGGAAGCAUGUAUAAAGUUUUCAGACUCAUCAAUGGUUAUCGUAAGUUCGAUAUGCUACGAGGGACUGACUAUCUGUUGGAUAUUGGUUUGAAAACUUCUGAGAGUUCCAAAGAAGAGAUCAGGAAGCGUGUUCAACUUCUCAGACCGUUGACCGUUCUUGAAAGUGUUCAUAUGCCACAUCCAACCACACAACGAGGCGUUUAUCUUGUCUUGCCUGUGAGAAAGUAAGUAGCCUGGCUAAUAGGAGAUGGUAAGAAUACUUUGGAUUGAUAGGAAUGCAACUGUACAGUACCUGAAAUAUUUUAGGAAAACGUCGACGUUUCGAGCGAAGGCCCUUUCGUCGGGAUGUUAGUAGCUGACAGUUGGCUACUAACGAGGCUACUAACUUGUGAACUUUAUUUAUUUAUUUGACUGUGAACUUUAUUUAAGCACGGAGGCCUGUUAUCCAAAUUGAAAUGAUCUUCCCAAGCGCCGUGACAUUUGAAAUAUUUACAAGAAAAAUGAUAAAUUAAAGCUAUACAGUACAUAACAAAUUAUUUCUACAGUGUAUUUAGUGACGUGAAAUUCCUAUUUUCAAUUGGUAUUGAAUUCCAUACCACUGCUCCAUUAUAUUUCAGACUAUUUUUCAAAAAAUUAGUGUUUGGUUUAGGGAUAACAAAAUUGUAGUCAUGUCCUCGUGUACCAUGACUGUGAAUUAAAUUCGCUCGAUUAAAUGGCCGUGAAAGAUAAGAUGUGUCUAAUUUGUAGAAUACUUUGAACAUUAGUCAUGAUUUUUGUUUCAUUCGCAUACCUUCUGGUGUCGGCCAAUGUAUGUUAUUCAAAAUUUGGGAAGAGCGUAUUUCAUAACUCAAUGAUUAUUGCUGCGUACUUGAGCUGGUAGAAACUUAAGCCUCGAGGUGAACUUACUCUUUAGAGUGUACAGGUUUCUGAAAGGUAAUUCAUUCAGUAACUUGACACUAUGAGUUAAAAGUGAGAAAGACAACAAUUGAAUACACAAACACUACAAUCGACUCCACCAUUCCUUAGUCCCAUCAGUCCAUUCAUAUUGACAUGUCAGACGUACAUACAUGCAUUAUAUACGGUUACGCAAACGGUUUGAAUACCUUGGGCUUGGUAAGGUCAUAUGGUACCAGCAAAAUGUAAGUCCCCAGAUAGCAAGAUUCUCGCGUGCCUAUGUGUUACUUGGUUGAAAACUACGAUGUCGUAAGGAACAAAGUACUUGAUCGUUGUAUAUAUGUACUUGACGUACGUCAAUACGCAUGAAUCAAAAGCCUUUUUUAAAACUGUUAUAUUUUUGCUCAAAAAUGCUGUGCUGGAGAUCGUAUUCCAUAAAGACAAAAUCAAGAAUUUUCCUGGGAGUGGGUAGUUUUGGUGGAAGUGGGUAGUUUUGGUGGAAGUGGGUAGUGUUCUCCUUAUAAAACUCAAUCUUCUUCCGAAAAAGCGGUAGCAGAUUAAAAUGCUUGAUAAUGUAGUAUUAAGCCUGCUCAUUAUUUCAGCCGAUUAAAUAGCUUGUUCUAAAGUAUUGUUUGAUGUUUUGUUCUAGGAAUGAUGCUCGUCGUUUGGAGAGAUUUCUUCAAAUGUAUCAGGCCAACUGUCUCCAGACUGGUGAGAAUGUUCUACUUCUCACGGUUUUUGUCAACAUGCGUGAUUCGUCAAUAAAGAGUAAAGACAAUAUUUUCGCUGAUUCUAAAGCCAUCUUGACAAAGUAAGUACUACAACGUUGUUCGGAAAUUUUUCCGGAAGCUUUUGCCAACUAAUUUUUUCCGUUCAUAAUAAAAUAAUUGAAGGAAUGGAGUGUUUUAGAAUUAUUUGCAAGAUCCUGGCUUAGGCUGGACACAAUUAAUGGAUGUAUAACAUGCAGUACUAUGGUUUUGAUGCAUUGUUUAUUAUUUAUUAGGUUCAAGGAAAAGUACAAGUGGGCGCAAGUUCCGUGGAUACAAGUUGGUGCGAAGCAAUAUUCCUCCCGAUUAUUACUGGACAUAGUGACUAUGAAACUUCCUGUUAGUGCCUUGAUAUUCCUCGCAAAUCUCGAUAUCGACUUCACUGUCAAUUUCCUUGGUCGUUGUCGCAUGAAUGCUGUUGAUGGUGAUCAGGUGAGACGUGAAUUCUAUAGCGAAAUCUUCCCACCCUCAAAGAUUCUCGCAUUAAGGAAUUUAGAGCCCGUUUACACUUUCUAUUUUCUAGUGCGAUUUUUUUCUUCUGAUGGAUGUGAACGAGUAGAUAAGUUAUGUACUAUUUAAAACACGAGUAGGAGUGUUUUAUCAGAUAUAAAACGCGAGGCGCAGCCGAGCGUUUUAUAUCUGAUAAAACACGACAACGAGUGUUUUGAAUAGCUUAAAAUACGACCACAAAAGAAUACUAAUUAGGAUGAACCAUUAUAUAAUCAUGCUAAUUAGGAUGAACAAUUAUAUAAUGCCACAUGUGUUUUAUCAGAUAUAAAGUCACUUCACGUGACAUAUUAUGGCUGAUAUGAUUUGCCACAAGGUUUAUGAAUUGUUAAUGAGUAUUUUAAGAAUGUUCAGAUGAGAGUACAUGUACUUACAGUAUAACAUUCAUAAAGACGAAAAUCGCACUAGAAAUCGCAACGAAAAUUGCAAAUGUAAACGGGCCUUUAGAGAUAGAUUAUUCCCGGUCUGUUAUCAUUACAGGCAUCAGAAAAAUCUGAUUAG